CUGCAUCCGGGGUAUAGGGCUUCGCCAGUCGCAGUGAGAGGAGUUUUGCCCGUCUCCGUCAUGGCGAACCCCGCAGCCAAUUUAAACGCCGUGAGAGAGACCAUGGAAGUUCUGCUUGAGAUAUCAAGAAUACUGAACACUGGUUUAGAUAUGGAAACCCUCUCUAUUUGUGUACGACUUUGUGAACAAGGAAUCAACCCAGAGGCAUUGUCUGCUGUAAUUAAGGAGCUACGCAAAGCUACAGAAACUUUAAAGGCAGCUGAAAAUAUGACAAGCUGACUCUGUGGGAGAAGAUUUUUUCAUUGAGAUGAAACUUGACGUGGGAGGCUAGCAGAUGGUUUGAACACUGUCUGUUGUUUAGCACCAUAGGACAUUAUUAUCGGUUGCAUUGGUUUCCACAGACUCCUAAAGUCUUUACUGAAGCAGAAGAAAUAUAAUGUAAAUAAUUUUUAAAAUGCUUAUUAACUGAUGCAUGCUAUUUUUUUGUUUUUGUUGUAUAUGAUGCUUUGGAAAUUGUAAUUAUGUAUAUCACAAAUCUGAGACUUAAUUUUAUUGGCUGUUUUUCAGAUAUUUCAUAACUCUUAUAUACUGAACGUAUGCUCAGACAUAACAAUAUGAUGUAAAGCCAGCACAUUUUAAAGAUAAUACAUUGCAAAACUGUCUUUUGAAUGAAGGACUUGAGUUAUGAUGGACUUCUUUUUAAUUAUACACAAAACUUGGCAUAACAUUUUAAUGAUAUUUAUCUUAUAUUGCAUAAAUCGUAGCCUAUAAUUAAAAAUUUCAUUGCCGUUUCACUAAAUUUGAAAAGCAACUUACUAUACUGUAAAGGAAGCUGCUGUUUAGAAAAAUUAAUAUAUAUAUAUAUAAAUAUACAUCCAUAUUGCAUGUGUGCAAUAUCUUACAUGUAUGUAUAGGAGCUCACAACUGGAACACUGUUGUGAAAUAUGAGCAGCAUCCAGCUAUAGCUAAACGCUCUCCUUGAUUUCAGUGGAAGAGUUAAGCACUUCUUAACUUUCUUCCACUGAAAUUAAUGGUAACUUAAAGUGCUUAAUUGUGACUGCAUCAUACUUUGUAUGACUCAUUAUGUCAUCUUUCUUAUACAUGCGCUACAAACAAUAAUAGAAGAUUAUUAUACCAAGUCCCUUGAAAAGGUUAUCAAACUUUAGUUAUGGAAGAUCAAAUUACAUUUUUAUUUAUGGGGAUAGUUUGAUCCUUCAGUUUCACAGCAGAAUGUUCAUUUAAUGACAGUGAGAAGAUUGCACAUAAAUCAGAGGUAGAAAAUGUGUGAACUGUAAUGGUAGUGAUCAUCACAAGAACAUUUUUAUGUGUUCAGUGAUAAAAUAUGCCUGCUUUCUCUUUUUCUCCAUUCUAUACUUUUUACAUUCUUCUUUUUCAAAUGGCCUUUGUAUUCCGCUUGUAUUCUGAGUAUUUAGGAAGUAGCCAAUACUGAUAUUAAGAUAGUCUCAGUGUGUGUGUGUGUGUGUGUGUGUUUUACAGUUAAUAAGGAGCAAGAUUUGAGUUUAUAUUCCAGGAUGUGUAAUAUCUGAAGGGAAACAACCUUGCUUUCUUUAACAGAAAGAAUAUUUUCACAAUACAGUUCUUGGAACUUGUACUAGAAACAUGACUUAUUUUGCUGUUAAGGAUUCAAGAGCAUUGGUAUGCUGCUUUUAUAAGAAAUAAACACAUUGUACAUCCAUGAUAUUUGUCUGGUGAUGUGUUAAGCAUUGUCUUAAUAAAGUCUAAGUCAUUGUGCUCUAACAUUUGGGAAGUACCCCCUUUUGACUUGUCCACAUUUUGUUGUGUAUUUCUUGGUAUUCUGCCCCUGAGCCAAUAUUUGGUAGAAGCACCUUUAGCAGCAAUUACAAUUGUAAGUCUUUUGGGGUAAAUCUCCACCAGCUUUGCGCAGCUGGAUCCUGCACUAUUUGCCCAUUUUUCUUGGCAAAAUCGCUCAAGCUCUGCAGGUUGGAUGGGGACUGUUAGUGAACAACAAUUUUCAAGUCUGGCCACAAAUUCUCUUACUAAGGUUUGGGCUUUGACUGGACCAUUCCAAAGCAUUCAGUUUCUUCCUUUUAUACCAAUCCAGUGUAAUUUUAGCUGUGUGUUCAGGAUCAUCGUCCUGCUGAAAGUUGAACCUCCACCACAGUUCCAGGUCCCUUGCAGACUGAAACAGGUUUGUUCUAGAUUUGCCCUGUAUUUGGCUACAUCCAUCUUGCCCUCAAUCUUGACCAGCUUCCCAGUCUGUGCCGAUGACAAGCAUUCCCAUAACGUGAUGCUACCACCACCAUGCUUCAUCAUUGGGAUUGUGUUCUCAGGGCAAAGAGCACUGUUGGCUUUGUGCUACAAAUAGCAUUUUAUGCUAAGGCCAAAAAGUUCAAGUUUAGUCUCAUCAGACCAUAGACCCUUUUCCCACAUGCCUUUGGGCAAAAUCCAAUUGGGAUUUGAUACGGAUUUUUUUCAGCAAUAGUUUUCUUCUUGCUGCUCCACCUUUGUGGAGCGUUCGGGUGAUAGUUGUCCCAUGGACAAUUUCUCCCAUCUCGGUUGUGAAUCUCUUCAGCUCCUUCAGAGUUACCAUUGGCCUCUUGGAUGCUUCUCUGACUAAUGCCCUCCUUACCUGGUCACUGAAUUUUGGUGGAAGGCUUUCUCUAGGCAGAGUUGCGGUUGUGCCAUAUUCUUUCCAUUUUAAUGGAUUUAAUGGUGUCCCAGGGAUGUUCAUAGUUUGGGAUAUUUUUGAUAAUGCAACCCUGAUUGGUGCAUCUCCAGAACUUUAUCCUGGACUUGCAUCUAUAGCUCCUUGGUCUUUAUGAUACUGUUUGUUUAGAUGUGCUCUCCAACAAACUCGGGGGGGCUUCCAGAAAUAGGUUUGUUUUAUCUGAGAUGAUCUGACACUUGAAUUGCACACAGGUGGAUUCCAUUCAACUAGUUAUGCGACUUCUGAAGGCAGUUUGUUGCACCCGGGCUUAUUUAGGGGUGUCACUGCACAGGGGAUGAGUACUUAGGCAAUCAAGACCUCUCAGUUUUGUAUUUGUAAAUCAUUUUGUAAAACAUGUAGAUCCUUUCCCAGCUUCGACAUUAUGGACUAUUUUGUGUAGAUCAGUGAGAAGAAGUACUAAUUCUGUUUUAAUUCCAGCUUGUAACACAACAAAAUAUGGACAAGUCAAAGGGAUGUGUGUGAAUACUUAUGCAAGGCACUGUAAGUCAAUAAAGUUGUGGCCAAUUUGUUAUCCCA